AUGGUGCUCGAAUUCAUUUCCGGUGGUGAAAUGUUCUCCCAUUUACGUCGAAUUGGACGUUUUUCCGAGCCUCAUUCGCGGUUCUAUGCGGCUCAAAUAGUGCUCGCGUUUGAGUACUUGCACUCUCUCGAUUUAAUUUAUCGGGAUUUGAAGCCGGAGAACCUGUUGAUUGACAGUACGGGCUACCUGAAGAUCACUGAUUUCGGAUUUGCGAAGCGGGUCAAGGGUCGUACCUGGACGUUAUGUGGGACUCCAGAAUAUUUAGCACCGGAGAUCAUCCUUUCCAAGGGCUACAAUAAGGCGGUAGACUGGUGGGCUCUUGGAGUGCUGAUUUAUGAGAUGGCUGCCGGCUAUCCGCCAUUCUUCGCCGAUCAACCUAUUCAGAUCUAUGAGAAAAUCGUUAGUGGCAAGGUGAAAUUCCCGUCACAUUUCUCCAACGAGCUCAAGGAUCUGCUGAAGAACCUGCUUCAAGUCGAUCUGACAAAGCGCUUCGGUAAUCUGAAGAACGGCGUCGCUGACAUCAAGAACCACAAAUGGUUCGGCAGCACCGACUGGAUAGCGAUCUAUCAACGAAAGAUCACUCCGGCGUCAUUCUCCAAAUGUGAGCCUGGACGCCUUCUCGAGGCCCUCUAUCCACGCGUCGAAGGACCUGCUGACACUCGACACUUCGUCGAGGAGGUGGAAGCGCCUUUCCUGCCGAAAUGUCGCGGUCCAGGCGAUGCUUCGAAUUUCGACGACUACGAGGAAGAGCCAUUACGUAUUUCGGGCACCGAAAAGUGUUCCAAGGAGUUUGCCGAAUUUUAA